AUGAAGAAGACUCUUCCUUUUCGCAGCCCAGGACACGGGAUAGACUUGGUGUAUGGCAUUGGGGGAGAUGAUGUUGCAUCAGGCUCUCCGCUCCCGGAGCCUUCAGCUGACUGCCAAGCCAAGGGGUGGAUCCGGGAUAACAGGGGGGCGCACGCGCGGCCAGAGCAGCAACCUCCACCCGGCCCCGCAGCGCAGUCCUUGGAAUCUAGCGUGGCCCCCACCUCACACGUCCAGAUAGUGGCCACUUCAAACCAGACCAACUGUAAUAGGUCACCAGCAGCCCUGGAGGAGGCCAAGAACUUUGGGACUCCUGGGAGCCCUGAAACACCCUCUGAGCUUCAUGACCCUGGCAAUUCCCUGCCCCCAAUGCCUCAGAUGGAGAGCCUUUCAGAGGAUGAGGAUCUUGCUGGGGCUGGUGGUGGCCUGGGCUGGAACACCAGGGUUCCCCGGACCCGGAGCCCAGGGGCCUGCUCAACAGAGGCGGUAUUGGGCCGGAAGAAGCACCGCCGGCGGCCAUCAAAGCGCAAGCGGCACUGGCGGCCGUAUCUGGAGCUGAGCUGGGCUGAGAAGCAGCAGCAGGAUGAGAGGCAGAGCCAGAGGGCAUCCCAGGUACGUGAGGAGAUGUUUGCCAAGGGCCAGCCUGUGGCACCUUACAACACCACCCAGUUCCUGAUGAAUGACCGAGACCUUGAGGAACCCGACCUGGAUGUGCCCCAUGGCCUUUUCCAUCCAGGUUCUAGUGGGGAAAGCGAGGCAGGGGAUGGCAACGGGCAGGACCGGGCUCACGGCGAAUUCCUGCAGAGGGAUUUCUCUGAGGCCUAUGAGUGCUACCACACUGAGCGUCUGCAAGGCCGCAGCAAGCAGGAGCUGGUGCAAGACUACCUGGAUCUGGAGAGGCGGCUGUCGCAGGCCGAGGAGGAGAUGCGGAGGCUGCAGCGGCACUCCAGCCAGCACCCCUCUCGCCAAGUGGAAGAGCUGGCUGCUGAGGUAGAGAGGCUCCGGGCUGAGAACCAGCAGCUUCGGCAAGAGAAUGAGAGGUGGAACGGAAUGUGUGGCAGCAGUGAGGAGCUGGGCACCUAG